UCGGCUGCUCGCGAAGGAUUCAAUCUUCGUUGUCAAGCGAAGAUUUGAUUCUUUUUUACUGCUUCGAAAGCUUCACUGAACACACCAUUAUCAAAAUGCUACUGCUAAUUUUACAGAUAUACCCAAAAGAGAAGUUUGGUCUUCAUUCACGUGAUGAUUUUAUGUAAAUAUGAGAUUGCUAAACAAAGUUAUGGCAAGUGUAUUGACGCACGGCGGUCCGAAGGGGACAACAGCAAGUUCCACUGCCGAAAAAACGACUCAAUCGACGGCAGCUGGCAGUGGGCGUCCACGCGGUGGUGGCACAUCUGGUAAAACUUCUGCCAAAGUUAGGAUAAAUGCGGCAAUAAAAGACAAGGCUACAAAAGGGAGACUUGACGUUCCAUUCGAUGCUCGUCCGAAAUCAACAACAGCAAGUCUUCCUGGGAGAAACUCAUCCCAAACAAGAAAUCUCACCACAUCAAGCAGCGCUGGUAACGUGAACACAAAGCGCAAUGUACGCCAACACCGAGUCAAUGUGCGACCUGAAACAGGACUGAGCCAAGCUUUUGAAAAGUUGACUGUUAAAGAUAAGAGAAACUCAUCUAGUGCACAGUUUCAACGUCGAAGCUCAUCAGCAGCAGGGAGUGCCAGCCAUGUCUGUAAGAGCCUUGAUGAUGUCGCACGAUGGAUUCUUAUGAAGAAAUGCCAGAAUAUUGUCGUCAUGGCUGGAGCAGGAAUAAGCACACCUAGUGGGAUUCCUGAUUUCAGAUCACCAGGUUCUGGUCUCUAUGACAACCUACAACAAUAUAACAUCCCAUUUCCUGAAGCCAUCUUUGAUAUCGAUUUCUUCCAUCGUGACCCUCGACCUUUCUUCACUCUUGCCAAAGAGCUGUAUCCUGGGACCUACAGACCAAACUACGUCCAUUAUUUUGUGCGGAUGCUUCACGAUAAAGGAUUGUUACUGAGAAUGUAUACUCAGAAUAUUGAUGGCCUAGAGAGAAUGGCUGGUAUUUCUUCUGCUAAGUUGGUUGAAGCUCAUGGAACAUUUGCUUCAUCGACCUGUACAAGAUGCGAUCAGAAGUAUGACGGGGAGGAAACAAAGGUUGAGAUAAUGAGUGACAAGAUUCCUAGAUGUAAACAAAGAAGCUGUACGGGUAAAGUCAAACCUGACAUCGUUUUCUUCGGAGAGGAUCUUCCGAAGAGGUUCUUCUAUUACUUAAAGGAUUUUGCUCAGUGUGACUUGGUUAUUGUCAUGGGAACGUCACUAGAGGUACAACCCUUCGCUGGUAUAAUAAACUCAGCCCGGGGUUACAUCCCAAGGUUACUUAUCAAUAGGGAAGCUGUGGGCCCGUUCGCUAGACCACGUUCAAGCCGCUUCAAUGACGUCACAGUAACUGGUGAUUUAGUGGACUGUGUUCAGAGGUUUGCUCGGAUCUUGGGAUGGAAGACAGCUCUUCAAGAGUUGAUUGAGGGACAUCAGAUAAGACUAGAUGAGGAAUAUGGUCCCCGGAAGCUUCCAGAAACCCCGCCCCCAAAUCGUUCCGAUUCCAUUAAUGGAGGUGAAAGUAAGUCGACCAAUGACAAGCCGUCGACAGGAGCAAGCAGUACCAACAAUGCAAGAGGAGGUUUCCGUGGUUACAAAGCAAACAGUUGCCAGUCGUUAGACGCUAUGAAGGGAAGUCCUGCGAAGACAAACUUGCCCGAUGGAAGCAAACCAAGAAACUUUCACACAGUGUCAGAAACAACUUCCCCUCUGAACCCACUUGGAAAAAUCCACCCCUCGCCACGAGUGGAACGAUCCAGUAAAAAGAGCGUAACUUUUCCAAAACUAAAUAACAAUAUCCCAAGUAAAGGAAGAGGUAAAUCGUGGCGUAGUGAGUCAUCCGACAGUAGUGAUUCGUCAGAAAGUAGUUCAAACACUGACUCAAGCGAUAGUUAACAUGAGGUAUAUAUGUUUCUUGAUUUGGUAUCAGACUUCAAUAUCGUCACGGAAAGUUGCGGUUCUGUUGAUACCCAUGGUGUGAAGAGGAACUGCUGUGCAACUUUUUGAAUUAAGAACUUGUCUUUGAAAAGUAAAUUGUGCAUGUGUGUGAACAUUGUUUUCGAAGCAUCAGUUCAUGUGGAGGUCUUGCACUCCAAAGCAUUGACAUGCUUAAAAUUAGGUUCCAACUGCUCUAUGCCCAAUUGCAUAAAGCUGUUAAGUAGAUAGUUCUGCUUAGCAAAUAUGUUUGCUAAGCAAGAAUUGAGUGGGGUAGGUACCAGUCGCAGCAAAAUGUAAACUAUGAUGUUUUGGCUGGUUACUUAUCACUGCUAAGCAAUUUAUUUAUGUGCUUAGCAAGUUUGUAUGCUUACUACUCGCUUUAUGAAGUUUGGGUUUGCUUUAUGAAGAUGUUGGUAAAAAAAAACACUUGUAACACUUCCAGAUCAAGAAAAACAAUUAUGUGUAAAAUAAAAUAAAAAUAUUUGUAAAUAUUGAAAUUAAAAUAAUUCUUCAGUAUUAAGUCAGGUUAACGACUUAUUUAUUUCAAUAUUUUGGCUCGUUCUAUAAUUAAUAUUUAAAAAUAAUGUGUGUAUUGUAUGGUCAGUGCUUUCUUUCAUAGAUUUAGUCAAUGAAAAGGAACUUUAAAAGAUUCAUUAGAGCUUGCAAUAAUCAAUUUACAAACUAAUCCCUAACACUACGAAAAUUACAUUUUUGUAUUAUUUAUCUUGAAAAAGCUGUGUUUGAAAAUAAACAAGUUGUGUUCAAAAAGUUCUCCUAACUUGAGGUGUGUGAAAUAAAUUUAUACAUUAAAAAUGGCC